AUGAGAGAUUUGGACCCUAUUGCAUUUACUGUAGAGCUAGGCAAGUUCUAUGAACUGUCAAAGGAAUCAGGCACUGUCGCAGUAACGAUGAAGCGAAUGACACCUGAACGUCUUGCAAUUACUCUCAAGGUAAAGAAGCAGUUGCCUAAAGGAGGUCAGGAUGCCAUGAAAAAAACCGAUGAUGCAUCAACCUUGCGUUACCCCUGUUUGGUCAGAGCCACUUACAAGACAAAGAAGAUCAGUACUACAGUUUCUGUGGAUGAAUUUGAUCGAUUUCAGUCAGCUUACAGCACUGUGAUCCGUGCUUAUAUGGACACAUUAAAGAAGAAGGAACGCGUAAAAAAGGCCAAAAAGGCCAAAACUAGUGCAUAA